AUGUCGGAUGCUAAGCACCCUCGCGCACUCUCACUUGAGAGCCUGCCACCCGAGAUUCUACUUUCUGUCAUUACUAGCCUUCCGAGUCUCGACCCACUAUGGAAUCUACUGCAAGCCUCUCCACAGGCAUGGCGUUUCUUUGAAGAUGGCUUGAAAUCCCUUCUCAUCACCGAAGGCAUAUUAUCAGGACCACAGUCGAUUAUCCCAUCAAAGGUCAGAGAGCUUAUUCGAGCUGUGAUACUUCCACUGCAUGCUUAUAACCCGUCACCACAUUACACACACGAUUACAAAGAUACUGAGGAAUGGAUUCCUGCCUGGGAUCGCGAGUUUGUUGGCACGCCAGUCUCUGUUACUGAUAUGGGACAGCCAACUUGGGUAGAGGAAAUGCGUGUUGUGCGAGUGAUGUGGAUCAUUCAACUCGUUAGAGACAUGCAACUGCUCGCUACCAACAGGCCAGGCAUCGGAUGGCCCAAAGACGAUAUAUCGCUCCUACUUGGCAUGGGUCCGGUCGAUCUAAUUCUCGACCGUGACAGUCCACUCCCUGAUACUGAGCCAAUUAAGUCAGCAAUGGAUUAUCUUGCAACACUCACGACACCUAGAAAAGAUGUCUUCUAUCGACUUCCCCCGGCCCCCGCGCCGUCAGUCAACAACCGAUGGAUAACAGCACCCCCAAAUCACAACGAAGUGUUUAUGCAAGUUAGAGGUUAUCGCUUAAAUGGUAAAUUCCACUGGUUGGGUCAAGGGCUCCGGGUGCCAGAAGGAGCAACUCCAGUGGAGUUACCAACGUUUACGGAGGAGAAAAAGUGGGAGCAGACAGCGAAGGCUUUCGAUUUCCGGCCAUAUGGUGUCAAUUUCUGGCAGCGACUGAGGGAUCAUCUUCGUUCCGCGUCUGGCGUAAAUGAUACGCAGUAUACCUUCGACGAAUUCUACUUCUUUGUCUGGGAGAGUAUUCUACUGCCCGAGGAGGUUGACGGUAUCAAGGCUAGAGCUCGGGAAGCUCGUAGAGACCAGGAAGCCAGGUUUCCUCGUCCAGUUUGA